GAGCAUCCAAAUUGAUGGCGUUGCACUGAUCGCGAGACGUCAGGCGCCGCUACUAAGCUGAUCACUCCACCGUCUCUAGACUGAGACUCUCACACCGCUUUCUCUUUCUCUUGUAUUUCCUCGCGAGCUAGUCUUGCCUUCAUUCUUUAUUUCUUCUCGACCAUGGUUCUCAUUGCUGCUUCUCUGUUGCUGCUUUCUGCACUUCCCCACGUUCUGGGCCAUGCCCGCGUAACAACGAAUCCUCCCAUCCGUGCACCUGGGAACGCGUUCUUGCAGAAGUGUGGCCAGGCAUCGUUCAAGUCAGUGACGGGCGACCCAACGGGGCACAUCGAGGAGCAAGAACCAGUGAAUGCGGGAUGCGAUCUCACGCUCUGUCGUGGCAUGCUCUUGCAAGAUCAGCCGGCCGGUAAUGUGCAGCAAGUGAACCCAUCGCAGGCCAUGUCCAUGCAGGUUGACUGCACCAUUCCACACGGCGGCCCUGCGAACGUCUCAUUGGUUGACACGACGACUGGUGGAUCCGGGCAGAUCAUCGGUGGAUUCUUGAGCACGUUCGACAACUUUUGCCCGACAUCCGGACCCACUCCUGCGGAUCAAACGAACCUGCAAUACCGUCUUCCCGAUGCUAGCACCAUUGGCAACAAGUGCCAGUCCCCUGGAGACUGUGUCGUGCAGCUCUUCUGGGCGACUCCGGAUUUCAGCCAGAACUACUACUACUGUGUGGAUGUGGUUAUGGCUGCUGCAGCGCAGACCACUUCCAGUCAGAUCGCGGCCCAGCCGACCGCUGUUGUCGCGACUGCUCCUUCCGUUCAGACAACCGCGGCCGUUGUCGCGACUGCGCCUGUCGUCCAGCCAAGCCCAGUCGCGGUCACCACAGCGGCAGCGGUCUCAAGCCAGCCGGCGGCACCCGCCACAGCCGCUAAUGCGCAAGGCGGAGUGUCUGCGGCCGCUGCGGUCCCUUCGAAGAUGGUGACCGUGGUGUCGUCUGCCGUUGCUGGCACUCCCGCCACCGCACUCGGGGCCACCGUCCCGAUUCAAUCGAGUGCUGCCCGCCGCCGGGCACGUAUUCUUUGGUUCUGAAGUGGCUGGAGUGCUGCGCAACCGGACAAUGUAGAGCACUCGAUGGACUAUUGUAGCGAUAGAGAACAGAGCCAAUAAUGGACUUCCCUGAGAGAGAAACCCUUCGAGCCC